CUCACCCAGCUCGGCAAGAUGGCAGUCGGCAAAAAUAAGCGGCUGACCAAAGGUGGCAAAAAAGGUGCCAAGAAGAAGAUUGUUGACCCAUUCUCCAAAAAAGAUUGGUAUGACGUUAAGGCACCAGCAAUGUUCAACAUUCGUAACCUGGGGAAGACUCUGGUCACCAGAACACAGGGAACCAAAACUGCCUCUGAUGGGCUCAAGGGUCGUGUCUUUGAGGUGAGCCUUGCUGACCUGCAGAAUGAUGAAGUGGCUUUCUGUAAAUUCAAGCUGAUUACUGAAGAUGUCCAGGGCAAGAACUGUCUAACCAACUUCCAUGGCAUGGAUCUGACCCGUGACAAAAUGUGUUCCAUGGUCAAGAAGUGGCAGACAAUGAUUGAGGCCCAUGUUGAUGUAAAGACCACAGAUGGCUAUCUGCUCCACCUAGUCUGUGUGGGAUUUACCAAAAUGCAUAAUAAUCAGAUCAGGAAGACUUCCUAUGCCCAACAUCAGCAGGUCCGUCAGAUCCGCAAGAAGAUGAUGGAAAUCAUGACUAGUGAAGUGCAGAUAAAUGACCUGAAGGAAGUUGUUAACAAACUGAUUCCAGACAGCAUAGGCAAAGACAUUAAAAAGGCCUGCCAGUCAAUCUAUCCUCUACAUGAUGUCUAUGUACGCAAAGUGAAGAUGCUUAAAAAGCCAAAGUUUGAGCUGGGCAAACGAAUGGAACUGCAUGGAGAAGCUGGAAGUGCUGGCAAGCCUUCUUGCGAUGAGACUGGCGCUAAAGUGGAGCGGGCUGAUGGUUACGAACCCCCAGUACAGGAAUCUGUCUAAGAUGGUUACACUGCAUU